UAUAUUCUUUCUCCACUUUCUGCUUUGUCUUUUUUAGUCAUUCGCCCAAAAUGUGUCUCUUUCUGCUCUUUUCUUUGCUGGCCACCUGCUGUUUUGCCGAAGAUAAAGUCUCUACAGACAGCGCCCUCCCCAGGCUGGCCAAUGUAGCUGCAGCUGAGGCCUUUAUUGACUCUGCUGAGGUGGUCAUCAUCGGGUUCUUCAAGACUGAUGAAGGCCAUGGUUAUAAGGAGUUUUUGGCGGCUGUUGAAGAGAUGAAGACUCUUCCGGCUGCCCUGUGCAGUGUGAAGGAGGUGUGGGCUAAUUACAGCAUCGAGUCGGACACCAUCGCUCUCUUUAGGAAGGCUGAUAAACAUCAGGAGAACCUAUUGCUAGAAAAGAUAAAAAAAUUGGACACUGACGGACUCGUCCGCUUCUUCACCAUCAACAACAUCCGUUACAUCACAGAAUACAACCAAGCGUCCGCAGUUGGCCUUUUCCAGUCAGAAGUGAAGGUGCAUCUCCUGCUCUUUGCCAACAGGGGGAGUGCUGACUACAAACCUCUGCAGGAGAAGUUGGCAGCAUUGGCACCUCACUAUACCGGCAAGAUGCUGUUUGUCCUCAUUAAUGGGAAGGUGAAGUCAAACGAACGAGCACUGGGCUACUUCAACCUGAAGCCAGGUGACCUGCCACGUGUGGGCAUCUAUGACGCAGACUCAGACAAGACCUUUCUCCUGCCUGAGGGUGAAAUAUCUACUGAGCGUGUCCAGAACUUCUGUGAUUCCUUCAUCAGUGGAGAGCUGCAGAAAGAAAAGGAGUCUGAAGAAAACAAAAAGAAGAGUGAGCUCUAAAUGUGAACACACCCACUUAUAAUAAAGCUUUUUACACUGUCUUA